AUGGCCGCGGCCACCUCGGCCACUGCCGGGCCCAGCUCCGCCCUCGUCGCUCCCUCCACCAACAUCGUCGCCGACUGGCUCAAGUCGCCCGACGAUCUGACCAAGCUGCCCGCGCUGCGCAAGAAGCUCCUCAAGGAGCAGGCCUCGCUCGAUGCCAAGCUCAAGGCCGGCGCAAAGGAGCAGCUCGAGGCAACGCGCGACGGCCUGCUCAAGCUGCAGGCGACGCGCCGCGAUGUGGCAGGCGUCAGAGAGGCAUUCGCCGACGUGGAGAAGACGUGUGGAGAGGACGGCAAGGGCAGGGAGGGCGGCACAUUCCGACGCAUCAGCGAGGUCUCGCAGAUCCAUCGCAACUUUGUCCAGUCAGCCACGAUGCUGCAGCAGCUCUCGGAGCUGCCGGGCCGCAUCGAGGCGAUUGCCCAUCGGCUCGCCGAGGCACGUUCCGACCUCUACGGCGCAGCGCCCGAUCUUCUUGCUCUGCAUUUCCACAUCUCCAAGCUCGAGACGUUCCGCAACGAGACGCUCCAACUAGGACGCACGUGCUCUUCGGACGUGCGCCUCACGCUGGCCGAGUUCUUCACGCCGCUCGACGGCCUCGUCAAGGAGUUUGAGGCGUAUCUGUGGGCGCUUGGAGCGCGCGUGCUCGACCUCGCGAGGGACGGGCAAGAAGGAGUGGUGGUGCGAUUGCUGCGCGCCAUCGAGGUUGAGUCGCGCGCGGACGAGAAGGCAGCCGCGAUUCGGCUGGCCAAGAAGGCGGGCCUGGAGGGCGCCGCUCGCUUCCGCAGCGUCAUUGCCAACGCCCGAGUGAUCAAGCUCUACCGGCCCAAGCUGCUCGAGGCCAUGGACAAGGCCACGCGGGAGCUCUUCGACGAGUGCUGGGCGCGCUUCGGUGCCGAUGGCGGCUCGCUCGGCUUUCUCGAUCAUCUCGAUUGGGUGUACAAGGAUCUCGAGGCGGUCAAGGCGCACGUCGUGCCUGCCUUUCCGGAGGACUACAACAUCUUCCGCUGGUACGUCAAGAGCUACCACAAGCACCUGGGCGCCGUGCUGCGCGAGCGCAUCCUCGCCACCGAUCCGGAAGCCUCUGCGCUUCUGACGCUCUAUCAGUUCUGCCAAGAGUACGUCAAGACGCUCAAGAAGUCGCUCAAGGCCGAUCCCACUUGGCUUGAGCCGAGUCUUCUCGCGGGACGAGAACAGUCCAUCAUCGACGACUACCUCGACCUCAUCACGCGCAAGAUCGACGAGUGGAUGGCCAACCUCAUGUCCGACGAGGUGCGCGAGUUUGUCGGCAGAAGCAACCCGCCGGAGGAAGAUGCAGACGGCGCGUACGGCCUGCAGUGCGCCAACAUUGCCUUCGAGAUGAUCAACCAGCAGCUCGACCUCGCCGCUGACUCGGGACAAGCUGCGAUCCUGGCGCGCGCAGUGACGCAUGCCUGCGAGGCGAUGCGUAGUUCGCAAGCCACGUGGCUGCGUGUUCUCGAGGCCGAGUUCAAGAAGCAACGCGAGGCAAAGACGCCGGAAGACGUCGUCGAAGGCCUGGUGGAGUAUGUGAUUGCGCUGGCAAACGACCAGCUGAAGAGCGCAGACUACGGCGAGGCACUGCUGCUGCGCAUCGAGCCGACAGUGUCGGAGAAGUACAAGGCGCCCAUCAAGGAGGGCAUCGACAAUGCCAUCAAUGGCUACCUCGACGUCUCGAAGCGAUGCACGCAGGUGCUCGUCGAUCUCGUCUUUGCGGACCUGAGACCUGCGCUGAAGGAUCUCUUCGUCUUUCCUGCCUUCUACACCGAGGGCACAACGACGACGAUCAUCGAGACGAUUCGCGACUACACGCACGACUAUUCCGAGCGGCUCUCGCCCACGCUCUUCGACGUGCUCUGCGACGACCUCAUGGAUCGCUUCCUCACGGCCUACAUUGGCGCCCUGCGCCGCACCUCCAAGCUGCGCAUGCCCGCCACGAGCGAGCAGAUGCGCGCCGAUGCAGACAGCGCCGUGGCCAUGUUUGCGUCGUUCCGCAACGAAGGGGAAGUGAGGGAGAAGUUUGAGGUGCUGGAGAUGAUCAUCUCGCUCCUCACGUCCUCCGCAACGAUGGUGUUCCUCACCUACUGGACCUUUGCCAAGGCGCACGGGCCGCAGCUCGGCUUCCUCGAGGCGCUGAUGCGCGCACGCGAUGACUUGGACAAGAGCGACGUGAGCGCCAUCAUGGAGAGCGCGCGCAGAAAGGUCAAGCAGGAAGGCUUGGCCGAGGUGCCGCAGACUGGACCGACUGUGGUGAGUUGUGUGGUCUCGCAAGAAGCGGCCUUGAGGGAGACAGAGUAA